GUCAGCCAACGUACCAGUAUAUAAUAUGGAAGGUACACUGAUAAUACCAUUUUGUUUCAGACCAGCCACAAAUAACGCCAUGGUGCAUGAAUUGAGAAAUAAGGUGGUGGUUAUUACCGGAGCUGCUAGUGGUAUAGGAGAGCGGGUGGUCAGAAAGUUGGUUAAUGAAGAUGUGAAGCUUAUAGCUAUUUUGGAUAUAGCUGAAAAACAAGGAGUAGAACUUCAAAAUGAAUUGAAUGCUAAAUAUGGGAAUAAAGUUAAAUAUAUUAAUUGCGAUGUCACAAAAGAUGAACUAUUAUUUGCUGCGUUUGAAACUGUCAUCCGUGAGGCUGGACCAAUUGAUGUAUUAAUAAACAAUGCAGGAAUACUGAACGACAGCGAAAAGGCUUACAGACUCGAAAUAGAUUUGAAUGUGAAAGCAUUAGUAACGAGCUCGCUUAAAGGAUUGGAACUAAUGCGUAAAGAUGAAAAUGGAAAUGGCGGGGUUAUCAUUAAUAUAUCAUCAAUAGCAGCAUUGUGCCAGUUAGCUGAAACUCCCAUCUAUUGUGCCACUAAAAGCGCAGUGUUGCAGUUCAGCAAUUGUCUUGGGAUGGACAGCUACUAUUCUAACACUGGUGUACGAGUGAUUGCCGUAUGUUUCGGAGCAACUGACACACCACUUCUGCACUUGGAAAAUAUGCAAACUGUUGAUAAUAAAAUAAAGGCAUUAAUACCAGAUUUAAUGAAAACCCUUCCUAUGCAAACACCUGAUAAUGCAGCUGCUGGUGUUAUAGAAGUACUCAAGAAAGGAGACAGUGGAAGCACGUGGCUUAUAAGCUCUGGCAGAUCAGCAGAGGACAUUUCUAAUGAAGUGAAGAAAGCGUAUGAAAUGCUCUCUGCCCUUAUAUUUAAUCGACACGCGUGCUCCAAUAAAAUGUACGAAGUAGUAAAUAAAGUUGUAUUAGUGACGGGUGGUGCUGCAGGCAUCGGUGCUGGAAUUGUAGGAGAGUUUUUAAAAGAAGGUGCAAAGCAUGUAGCAGCCUUGGACGUCGACGUAAAUAGUGGCAAAGCAUUAGAAACUGAACUGUCCUCAAAAUAUGGUGCAAAUAAGAUAAAAUUUUAUAAAUGUGAUGUGACUACACAAGAUUUGGAUCUUGCUUACGAUAGUAUUCUUAGAGAAUUUGCAUAUAUUGACGUAGUAGUCAAUUGUGCUGGUAUUAUGAAUGAUAGUCCAGAUGCAUACAAAAAGGAAAUUGCUGUGAAUGUGACGGCACUGAUAACAAGCUCGUUGAGAGCACACAAACUAAUGAGCAAGGAUGAAGGCGGAAGUGGAGGCACCAUCGUCAACGUGUCAUCAAUAAUAGGACUGUUUCAAUCAGCCUUAUUACCUAUUUAUGCUGCUACCAAAAGUGCUGUCCUGCAGUUCAGCAAUGGCCUUGGAAUGGAUCCAAAUUACUCACAGUCUGGUGUCCGUGUCGUGACAAUAUGCUUCGGUGUUACCGAUACAUCAUUAAUUAAAACAACCAAAAUGGGCGCAUAUGAUACUAAAUUAGAUGAAGCGCUGGCAGCAGCAAUGAAAACUUUCACAGUACAGAGGCCGGAAUCAGCAGUACGUGGUCUGCUUGAAGCUUACAAGAACGGCUCCAGUGGUAGCACUUGGUUGAUAACAUCGGACAGGCCAGCAGAAGACGUAACCGCCAACGUCAACGAAGGUUAUAAAGUACUUUCACGAGGAGUAUUCGAUGGUUAAAAAUACCGCUUUACUUUCGAUGAUCACGGGUUCGAUUCCUCACAAGGUACAAACAUUUGUAUUCAUCAGUAUAAUUGUUUAUAUUGGUCUGGUUAUUUUCUAUGUAUAUUAUGUUUGAAUUUAUAAUAUAUAU